AUGGGUCGUAUUCGAAAAACAACUCGAACAGAGCUUACGCCGGUCGAAAGGGGUCAAAUCUUUGAUCGCUGGCAGUGUGGGCAGUCAAUAGCUUCGAUUUCAGCCCACUUUGAUAGGCCUCGCUCUACAAUUGCUUCAGUUAUCGACCGUUAUAAGCUACAGCCUAAACCAACCUUCCAAAACAAGCCUCGGUCAGGGCGUAAGCCUGUACUAGCUCCGCGGGCCGAAAGAGCUCUCCUUCGACAUAUAAUUAAAGCUCCUACAGAGACUCUUUUUGCUCUCUGUUCGCCUUCCAAAUCUGGCAUUCAAAUUAGUCGAAAUACUGUCCGACAAACCCUCAAAAAGUAUGGAAAAGCAAAGCGAAAACCUCGAAAGAAGCCCUGGCUCCGGCCUGCAAACAAAAUCAAGAGAGUAGAUUGGGCUAGGAGUGAAAAAAAGGUCAAAAGAGACUAUAAUACUGUCUGUUGGUCAGAUGAGGUCACAUUUUUCAUUGGAGAAGACGGGAGUACAACUUACGUUACUCGGGGACCUGGAGAGGAGUGGGAAGAUAAAAACUUGAAGCCUACCUUUAAAAGUGGGCGAAUAGGUGUUGGAGUUUGGUCUUGCUUUUGUGGGGACGAGAUGGGCCCUUUGGUUAUUGUUCCUAAAGGGGAACGAAUGACCGCGGAGCGUUAUAGGGGAGUUCUCAAAGAACACUUUAUCCCUUUCUAUAGGAGGAUGAGGAGAAAAUACGGCCCUAGUGUAGUUAUCCAACAGGAUAAUGCCCCUUGGCACAAGGCAAAGACUGUGCAGGCACUUCUCAAAGCUAGUCGAGUCAAGGUGCUUUUUUGGCCUCCUCAAUCGCCGGAUCUAAGCCCAAUUGAGAAUCUCUGGAAACAGAUUAAGGAUAUCUUGGGUAAGGGAAAGUAUAGAGUCAAGAAUAUUAGUGAUAUAGAAGCUGCUUUGGCAAAGGCCUGGCCACUGAUUUCUAAGGAAGUACUCUUGAAGUUGAAUGCGUCUAUGCCAGGUAGGCUCAAUAUAGUAAUUAAAAACAAGGGCGGAUCUAUUAAGUACUAA